GUCUCCUCAAGGGCAAGGCUGGGGCCAUGGCGAAUCAGUCCCAGUGCCUGGACGAUGCCCCUUUCAGGAGUUUCCGCGGCUGGGAUCCCACUCCGCCCCCGGCCUAUAGCGAGGCGCAGCGCCUGGCGCUGGAAGAGCUUGUCGCCGGAGGCCGGCCGGCUUUCCACGCUUUUUUGCGCCGGGAGAAGAUGCGCGCCUUCCUUUCCGAUCCUGAGAUCCAAGCCAUUCUGCGCGCCGCCGUGCCACCCCUCGGGGCAGACGAAAGCGCCUCCGCUACAGACCAAGCCCUGAACACCUCGCUGGACUGCUCCUCGCUCACAUACUUCCCGGUGCAGUCCGACGUAGAGCCGCCCGUCCUGGAGCUGGGAUGGCCGGCCUUUGUUAGCGGUUCUUUCCGAGGACUGACACGGGUGGAGACUUACUUCCAGCCCAGCUUUGGAGAGACCAUCUACCCUUGCAAAGAGGCGGUGCGCAAGCAGAUCCGAUCAGCCAGGGAAGUUAUUGCUGUGGUUAUGGACGCCUUCACAGAUAUGGACAUCUUCAGCGACCUUCAAGAAGCUUGUAGGAAGAGGGUGGUUCCUGUGUAUAUACUUCUGGAUCAGAAUUUUCUCUGCCAUUUCUUGGAAAUGUGCAAAAACUUGGAAUUCUACCCGGAACAGGAAAACCUUAUGAGAGUCCGAACUAUUGCUGGUAACACAUAUUAUGCAAGAUCAGGAGCGAAGAUAAUUGGGAGUUUCCAUGAGAAGUUCAUGCUUGUUGAUGGUGUAAGAGUGACUACAGGCUCUUACAGCUUCACUUGGAGUGAUGGGAAGCUGAACAGCAGUAACUUAUUGCUACUCUCAGGCCAAAUAGUGGAACAUUUUGAUUUGGAGUUCCGAAUCCUUUAUGCACAAUCUAAGCCUCUUAACUCAAAGCUGCCUCAAAGCUGCAGGACUACUGUUUGCCACGAGCAUCUAGUCAACAAACUAACACCUUGCAAAGAUUUUACAGUGGGUAACCUUCUGAGAGCUGAGUUUGCUAGGCUCUCAAGCACCCCAAAGAAGCUUGAAAGAGAAAUAGAACAGGUUAAAGAGCUCCAAGGGGGGCGGAUGAGUGCUAAACGGCCACACCUUAGUGGUGAAGAAGAAUGGCAUAGUGGUCCUGAGAUCCUAACAAAACCUAAGGAGACUAAGAGCCAGUCCACUCAGACUGAAACUUUAGAUGAGAAGCGUGCAACAACACUUUUAAAUUGUGCCACACAAACUGCUAUUUCCAUGGUGUCAGCCACCACCCAGACCACUUCUCGAUCUAGAAUGGUAGGCACUCAGACAACAGUUGUAUUCAAGACUUCCAUGACACAGACUGACAAAGGAGAUAAUGUGGAAGUAGCCGUGGCUCAGAGAAUACCUGAUCAGAAGAUUCCUGAUCAAAGAAUGUCCUCUAAAGAAGGGUCUCCUAUUUCUAGAAAGUCCACCUCAACUUCGUCCAGCGCACGGUCACUUUCUUCAUUGUCCUCCCAGUGUUCGCGGGCAAGUUCUGCUGGUUCACUAACAUCCCUUAGGUCUAUUGACUAUUCUGUCAAUCAUCGGGGAGAUUAUUUCCGCAAACUAAAUAAGGAGAGGGAAUUUCACUACUCUGUCAUCCGAUCCAAGCUUAACCACAUGGUUUCCAUGCUCUCAAGGAGGGGAAGUACGGCUGAAAAUUACAGAGGUUGCCAUCCAAUGAGAUGCAACUUAAAACCUAGGCAACAGAUUAGUACAAGCCUAAUAAAUCUUAGAGACUUUGCACUGUAUACUUCAAGUGACUGCUUCUGAGAAAUGCAGAAGGGGAGAGCUGAUAUAUACAUAGUUGUUGGCAAGGGGAGUUUCUCUUA